AUGAAGGGUAGAUUUCUACCAAAUAUUGUAACUCUAGAAUGGACAUGUAGUAGAUAUCAAAAGUUUACAUUUGAUAGUGGAAUAUUUGGUACUAUGAAACAAUUAACCAAACUAAAAAUUGGUGAAAAUAAUAUUGGUGAUCAGAACGCCAAAUGUUUCAUUGAAAUGAAACAAUUAACCAGUCUUGAUGUUUAUCACAACAAUAUUUCUAAGGAAGGAGCCAAGUUUAUUGGUGAAAUGACACAAUUAACCUAUCUCAAUGUUAAUACUAAUAAUGUUGGUGAACUGGGAGCCAAAUAUAUCAGUAAGCUCAACCAAUUAAUCACACUCAAUAUUGGACUCAAUUCUAUUGGUGAACAAGGAGCCGAAUAUAUUAGUGAAAUGAAACAAUUAACUGACCUAAAUAUUUAUAGUUGUAACAUUGGUAAUCGAGGAGCCAAUCAUAUAAGUAGAAUGAAACAAUUAAUCUCACUUAAUACUGGUCGUAAUGGUCUUGACGAUGAAGGAGUCAAAUAUAUUAGUGAAUUGAAUCAAUUAAAUUUUCUUAAUAUUGCAGACAGUAAUAUUAGUGAAGAAGGUUUAAACUACAUUAGUGGGAUGAAACAAAUAAUUCAUCUAGAUAUUAGUAACAACUUUAUUGAUGAUGAAGGAGCCGAAAUCAUUAGUAGAAUGAAACAAUUAACACGACUUGACAUUAGUAACAAUAGCAUAGGUGAAGAAGGCACCAAAUAUAUCAGUGAAAUGAAAAAAUUGACAUAUCUUGAUAUUGGUGAAUUUUAA